UCCAACUGGACAACCACGUGCUCAUGACAAUGGUGCCCUCUCUGGUGGAUCCACGACCCGACACCGACCUAGUGUACGUGGUCAUGGAGCAGCUGGAUUACAUCACGGGGCCUUACCUGUCCACUUCUGAGUGGCUGCUAGUCCUGAACAAGCAUUUGCCUGUGGAACUAGGACCUAAUGACGAGAUUUUCGUCAUGAACAAGCGGCUACUGCGCCUCCUGGGGGUACUCGUCGGCAACCUGGAGGACACCAAGAAUCUGCUCGCCUACGUCACCUGGCACGUGACGCGGCAUCUCGCGAGCGUCACUUCGUAUCCGCUGUCGCGCGCCCAGUUCGCCGACGGGCCCGGCGCCGACGCGAACACGCUGGGCUACAUGAUGGGUCGCUGCUACAUGGACGCCGACACGGCGAUGCCAUUCGCCUUCGCGCACGUCUUCAACCGGCGCUGGCUUCCCUCGGACUCAGCGCGGCACGCGAGAAGCGUAUUGGACAACAUUCGUACCGUGGCCAACAAGAGCAUGGCCUCGCUGACCUGGAUGGACGACGACACCAAGAGUGGCGCGCUCGAAAAGCUGGCCACCCUGCGCGCUAUCGUGGGGAACCUGGAGCACGACUCCGAAGAAGGCUCCCUGCGACGCCUCUACCCUUACGUACCCAAACUGAGCGGUUCGUACCUGGACAUGGCGCUCGCGUUUCGCUCGGCGGCGCUGCGCCACGCCAAGAGGUUCCUUCGGGUCAACGAGUCCUCGAUGCCGUCGUCCUCUGACGAGGUCAGCGUGCCGCUGACGCUCGUCAACGCGUUCUACUUGCCCGUGUACCACGUGAUGGUCAUCCCGGCCGCCAUACUGUACCCGCCGUUUUACGUGGCGGGCUACCCGGCGUCCUACAACUACGGCAGCCUGGGCCACGUCGUGGGCCACGAGAUGACGCACGCCUUCGACCCGGACCUGGGGCUGUAUGGUCGCGACGGCCUCCGGCACAACUGGUGGACACCUGCCUCCCAAGAGAUGUUCACGGGCAAGUUGAGGUGCCUGCGCCGCCUCUACAACGAGAUCCCUUGGUCAGGAGGCGCCAACUUCGGAGAGCACGCGCUCUCUGAGAACUUCGCCGAUAGCGGCGGCAUGAUCAAGGCCUACAAGGCGUACCGGGAGAGCGCCCAGGAGCGCUCAGCGGUGCCCCCGGGACUCUCUAAAUUCAGCGAUGAGCAGCUGUUCUUCGUGAGCAGCUGCUUCAAGUGGUGCGCCAGCGAGGAGAAGCAGAACCCCGGACGAUACUCGCCUCCUCGCCUUCGCUGCAACGUACCCUUACUCAACAUGCCGGAGUUUGCGCAGGCGUUUGAAUGCGGCGCGGGCAAGGCUAUGAAUCCGGUUAGUCACUGCGACACAAUGUGAUACACGUAAAUGCGGUACAGACGCUACAAUAUAGAAAAAAAUGUCGUGUCAUGCGCACUUGCUCUUUUCUGCCUGUUCGUUAACGCCACGGCCACAAAUUCGAUCACGUGUCUCGAUAUUUCUCAUG